UCGGGAUUGUUUCUUCUCUGCCUCAGCUGAAGAACAAACCGACGCAGCUGGGUUGCAUCAACUAUCAAUCCUUUACAGCCAAAUCGAAGCAUUUUUUCAAUCCCUUUAAAUUCGGCACCAGCUUAUUUUUGCAGAAUUAAAUAGAAACGCUAAGCAUAUGAAAUAACUGUCAAUUAGCCGAAACCAUAGAAACAGGCUAGAGGCAAAGAAGCCAAAACAAAACAUUAAAACCCGGCAAACAAAGAGGUCCUUCUUUCAACGCCAACAUUUUUCCUCCAUAUUCAAUAGUUAUGAGUCAUGUGGCCGUCGAAAAUGCCCACGGUCUAGAGCAGCAGCUCGCUGUCCUAGACUUGAGUGCUCCGGAUGGACAAGGCGGAGGUACUAAUAGGCGAUACAUUCCUCCACAUUUACGAAACAAGGAUGCAUCUAAAAAUGUGGGAAAUGCCUUUGCUGCUGGCCGACCAGGGGGCUACACCAUAGCGCCUGCAGCAAACUAUGGGUGGGAUGCAGGGCGCAACAACUUUGUCAACGGCUACCACGACAACCGCAUGGCUGGCAACUCCUUUAACCGCGGUCCGCCACGUAUGGAGCGGGGUCGCGGCGGUGUUGCCGGAGGCAGUUUCCGCGGUAACAGGGGGGGCUCAUUCAACCCCAUCAACCCAGCUCAGCCCAUAAGCUUUGAUGCUACUGGCUGGAACCCAACCAAAGAGGCUUAUAGCAGCUUUGGCAACAACCGAGGAAAGUCUGCAUUCUUCAACGACAGAGGCAACGCCAACCGAGGAAGGUUUGAUCACGGCGGAUUUGGUGGCGGCGGAGGAGGAAACAGUCGCUGGGUGGAAGAGGCAAGGGAUGAUGGAGACUGGUCCAAGCCAAUGCCGCGCAACGAGCGCCUUGAACACGAGCUGUUCUCCGGCAGCAACACUGGGAUCAACUUUGAGAAAUACGAUGACAUUCCCGUCGAGGCUACAGGACAAAACAGCCCUCAUCACAUCGAGAGUUUCCAAGAUGUCGACAUGGGGGAGAUAGUGAUGGGCAACAUUGCUCUGACCCGCUACACCAGACCAACUCCUGUACAGAAAUAUGCCAUUCCAAUAGUGAAGUCCAAGAGAGACCUGAUGGCCUGCGCACAGACGGGAUCUGGAAAGACGGCGGCGUUCCUGCUUCCCAUUCUCAGCCAGAUCUACACAGAUGGACCAGGAGAGGCUCUGAAUGCUGCCAAAGCCUCAGGACAGGACAAUGGAAAAUAUGGCCGACGUAAGCAGUACCCCAUCGCACUGGUUCUGGCUCCUACCAGAGAACUGGCGCUGCAAAUAUACGACGAAGCCAGGAAGUUUUCCUACCGCUCCAGAGUGCGUCCCUGCGUGGUGUAUGGAGGAGCGGAUAUUGGCCAGCAGAUUAGAGACCUGGAGAGAGGCUGCCACCUACUGGUAGCAACACCUGGUAGACUUGUCGAUAUGAUGGAGAGAGGCAAGAUUGGAUUAGACUACUGCAACUAUCUGGUCCUGGAUGAAGCAGAUCGCAUGCUGGACAUGGGCUUUGAGCCCCAGAUAAGACGCAUUGUGGAACAGGACACCAUGCCACACAAAGGCAUCAGACAGACCUUGAUGUUCAGCGCUACGUUUCCUAAAGAGAUCCAGGUUCUAGCAAGGGAUUUUCUGGAGGAUUACAUCUUCCUGGCUGUGGGCAGAGUGGGUUCCACCUCAGAGAACAUCACACAGAAAGUUGUGUGGGUGGAAGAGAGCGAUAAGAGAUCUUUCCUCCUUGACCUGCUCAGCGCUACAGUCAUCCCCAACGAGGUACAGGACAAUACUGGAGACAACGUAGAGAAACCUGGUAAGGACUCCCUGACCCUCGUUUUUGUGGAGACCAAGAAAGGAGCAGACGCCUUGGAGGACUUCCUGUACCGGGAGGGGUACGCCUGCACCAGCAUUCACGGCGACCGCUCCCAGAGAGACCGCGAGGAGGCACUGAACCAGUUUAGAUCGGGAAAGUGUCCCAUUCUGGUUGCAACUGCGGUUGCAGCUCGAGGUCUGGACAUCUCCAACGUGAAACACGUCAUUAACUUUGACCUUCCGAGUGACAUAGAGGAGUACGUCCAUCGUAUCGGACGUACGGGGCGAGUCGGAAACCUGGGCCUGGCCACAUCGUUCUUUAACGACAAAAACGGGAACAUCACAAAGGACCUGCUGGAUAUCCUGGUAGAAGCUAAACAGGAGGUUCCCUCAUGGCUGGAGAGCUUGGCUUAUGAGCACCAGCACAAGAGUAGCAGCAGGGGGCGCUCUAAGAGGUUCUCUGGUGGUUUUGGAGCUCGGGAUUAUAGACAGACAGCCGCUGGAGGCAGCGCCGUGGGAUUCGGGGGGCGAGGAGGACGCAACCAGCAAGGACAUGGAGGAAACCGUGGCUUUGGAGGAGGUGGUUUUGGGAACUUCUACACAAGCGACGGCUAUGGAGGAAAUUACUCACAUUCUCAAGUGGACUGGUGGGGCAAUUAGGUGUCUCCAUUCCACCUCACCUCGUCUUUCUUUCCCCCUUUAACUCUCCAUCAUUUCCCCCAACCAUGUCGUCUCCAUCCCAUCCGUCGUGUCACCUCUAUUAUUCCCUGGAACCUCCAUGCAUGUGAUUAAACUAUUUAUACUCAUUUAUAUAGCCCCUCCUUCUAUUCCCAGUCAGUCACGUCUUAGUAGCUUUAGAUUUCUCUUGUGAUUUCCAUCUUCAUUUUUCUCUACAAAGGUUUCCGUUCCUAAUUUUCUGCCCAAUCCUCGUAAUGUUGGCCACUUUUUAUAAAGGAUCUUGGACUUCUUUUGUUGUUACAUCCUGACUUCCCAGUAAAGAUCUUUUCAAAUCCCCAAAAAUAGGAAAUCUGCAGGCAUUUGUCGGCAGGGUAACAUCCUUUUUCUGACCUUUAGCUUCAUGCAUUUUGGUUGUUUUUUUCCCUCCAUUUGACCACAGUCAGACAGGCUCCCUGUGUAACUGUAUUAAAUGCAUGGCCGUGUCGUAAAGCAACGGCCAAAAAACUGGGCGAGACUGCAAAGCUAAUAUUUCUGCAGAAAUUCAGACUGAAGAACUUUUUGUUCUCCUUUAUUUAAAUAGUAGAAAGAACCUUUAGCUCUUUUUCACUUAAAGCAUCAAUAAUUGAAUUACUGGUGUCUGACAAAACGACAAACCAGGCCAUGAAACGCCAUCUUUUCCCACUUGAAGGCAGAAAAAAACUUGCAUUUCUUCCAACUCCCACCAAUGUAGAGAAUCUUUUUGUUUCUGUACUGUGCCUUUAAGAAUUUAAACUAUGUAUGUUGCUUUUCUCACGAUAAUAUCUAACUGGCUGCAAGUAUAGUGUAAAGGUUACUGUAUUUAAUGUAGUGUGGGGGUUAAACACGCACUUCUUCACUCCCAUUUGGAUGAAUCCAAACUAGGCUUGAAGUAAAUCAAACCUUGGCAAAAAAAAAAUACAAAAAAACAACCUAAAACAAAUGAGGAAGGUUUAGUCCUCAUGUCCUCUAGAGAUAAUAUUAACCAGAAAGGUCUUAUGAGGCAUUUCCCUGAAACUUAUAACCUCUGCAAACACAUUUCUGUGUCGUUUAAACUUAUUCGUUUUAGGAUUUGGGGAAUAAAUCUCGUUUAAAUCCAGAGCACCAAUUGGAGCCUGCAGCUCGGCUUCCCACAGCCUGUGUCACUAAUUGUCACCUACAGACUAAACCUGGUACUGCAGCAUUAGAAAUGCUCUUUCAUGUUACUGCACCUGGUAAAAGGGUUGAAGUGUGCGAAUAAAAGUCGGUCCAGGAGUUUUUCAGUACAUCAGACAAGAUUUAAAGUACCAAACAGAUUUUCUUUUUUACCCGACUCUUAGUGCCACCACGCUCAUGGGAAACCGAAUCUACUUCCUCCUCAAACCUUAGUCUUUUUUUUGUUUUGUGUUGUUUUUAUCCUGCAACUCUAAAAGGUAAGUUAAAGAAAAACAUGCUCACUCUAUCCUGGAGAGUUUAAUGAAACAUCUUCUUUAGAAUAAAUCUUUCCUUUUUUUUUAUUUAAAUUUUGGUUUAUUUUCUGUUCAGUCCUUAAAAUCUAAGUAAAAAGUUGGAGUUACUAAUUUGUACUCUGACAACUGGGGCUUCCUGAAGAUGUAAUGCUUCAUUUCCAGAGCACCUUGUAGCUACGUACAAGAACCACUUUCUGUGCAAACUAAACCUAAUAAGGAUUUUCCACCAUCUUGUUGCUACCUUUUGUUUGCAACAUGUUGAAUUGGUCGAGGCACUGAACAGACAUACAGCUGCUAAUUAUUCACCCACUGAUUGCAGGAAGUUAACAAAAGGUCAGGUUCAUGAAUCUGAGCCGCUAAAAUGUGCUAGUGUGU